GUGUUGAAGGGAGUGAUCGUGGAAGGUUAUCGGCGGUUGAGUAUGUGAUUAUUUCAAAGUUAGUGAGAGACUGGGAACUUAAAUACCUCACCAUGUACAACCAGUACAGUAACGUGGCGGAAGAACUAAGCCGUCUCCACCUUAACAAUGCUUCUCCACAACAUUAUUCCCCAAGUGGGGGAAAGAAAGUGGGGCCUGAAGUUCCUCCAAAGCCAAAGAAGUCUGGCAGUGUUCCUCAUUCACAGAUGCAAAUUCUUUUCCGUGACCACCUUAUCCAAACUCCAGCAUUGCAGUACAUAGAGGAUGACGUCGGCCAAGCCUUAUAUGGAAACAUUGGCGUCGUUCACUCUACGUCCCCCGCCCAUCACACGGGCGUGGAGGAUUAUUAUGCCGUGAACGCGCCCGCACCAGGGACCGUGGGCGUGGCGUCCGCCCGUAUCAACCACGCCUACACAGGCGGCGGUAGCAGUGAAAUUUCCGUCGGACGGGAGUUCAGCGGAAUCAUCAUCCCAGGGGCGGUGUACACCAGCAGCACCGCCCAAGCAAACACAACCACGGGCGGUGGCAUGAACCCUCUCAAUCCAGACUUCACGCCCCCGCCUCCCCAGCCCGCCCACAGUUACACGCCCGCGUCACGGAAGGCCGUGCAAAUGAGCGCUCAGCCCCUGUAUUCGAACACGGCCUCGCAACCCAUUUAUAAUAAUUCGCCCCGCCCACAGCAGACCUCCCAGCAGCGGCCUGGGCAGUACAGCAGGGGAGACCACUCCCCGCCCCCGCCCUUACCUUCACAGCCGCCGCCCAAUCAGGCCCAGUAGCGGGGACCUACUUACGCCAAUUUAAGUACGAAUGGGUCUGCUCACUACCAUCUUUAUGCCAAUGUGGACAACUCGUCUGGUGUGUCGCAGUACACCUCUUACGGCCCUGACGAAGACUUCCCGCUUCCUCCUCCUGACGAAGGUCCACCUCCACCUUCGCCUCCCUCUCCCGUCUCCUCCUCGUACUCGGAACUCCGGAGGGCCACGCCCUCUUCCACGGGGACACACCCACAGCAGCACCACAACGGCGCUCCUCCGCAGCAUCACCUGCAGCAGCAGCAGCAGCAGCAGCAGCAACAACAACAGCAACAAAGUGGAUCCGGCUAUGCAACGUACGCUCCUCAGUCACACACCAGUUCCACUUACGAAUCCAUUUACGAGCCAAUCACCCCAAGACCCUCCAGUCAGAUGUCAAACAAGUCCGGCUACAGCCUUUAUGGGCCGUACACAUCGCCCCGUGCCCGGGGGCUGGCCCCCGCACCCACGAAUCAGCCCCUCCUCAACCCUGAUAAAGUGGGGAAAGAAGCUGAAGUAGAUGCUCUUACCAAUCUGCUUGUUCAGUCCAUGGAUAGUACCAAUGACCCUGAGUUCUUUGGUGCGUAUGACUCGUGUAUUUGCACUCGGUGUGGGGAGAAGGUGGUUGGCGAAGGUAGUGGCUGCACAGCUAUGGAACAAGUUUAUCACAUCAAAUGUUUUGUGUGCAUUGUAUGUCACCUCCAGCUUCAAGGGAAGCCCUUUUAUGCCCUCGAUUCUAAACCAUACUGUGAAGAUUGCUAUCUGAAUACAUUGGAGAAAUGCUGUGUCUGCACAAAACCCAUCUUAGAUAGAAUCUUACGAGCAACUGGGAAGCCAUACCAUCCACAGUGUUUCACUUGUGUUGUUUGCAACAAAUCUUUGGAUGGAAUUCCCUUCACUGUGGAUGCAUCGAAUCAGAUUCAUUGCAUAGAUGAUUUCCAUAAAAAAUUUGCUCCUCGAUGUACAGUGUGCAAAGAGCCCAUCAUGCCAGAGCCUGGUAAAGAUGAAACCGUUAGGGUUGUAGCUCUUGAUCGUUCAUUCCAUGUCAACUGCUACAAAUGUGAGGACUGUGGACUAGUCUUAUCUUCAGAAGCAGAAGGCCGUGGAUGUUAUCCUUUAGAUGGACACGUUCUUUGCAAAAGCUGUAAUGCCCGACGAGUACAAGCCAUAACAUCGAAAGUUACCACUGACCUCUAGAUCAUAUAUUAAUGGCUUUCUUCCGUCGUCUGUCUCUCUUUACGUAAAAAGUAUAUAUAAAAAGUUUUCAAAUUCACAUUGCCAUUCAUAGAAGUGAUGGAUAUGGAUUUACAGUACAGUAUAUAAUUUUCAGAAGUAAAGUAAACCAUUAAGUGUGUUUAUUUGUAAUAUGUAUCCAAUUCUCCAGUCAUUUUACUUAUUACAGUACUGUACAUACGAGUCGCAUGUAUCCAUACCAUAAGUCAAUUAGAUUUUAAUUUUAUCCCUGAACAUCUGUGACCAAUAAGUAUAUACUUAAUGGUUUCAUUACCAGUACUUGUAUCUAAGGUCUAUAUACUGCAGGUCUGCCUACAUAAAAGUACCAAGAGUGGUGGUAUGUAUGAUGUCAUUGAUACCAUACCUAGACAAUACUACAUAAUUGACUUUAGAAUGCAUCUUUUGUUAACUUUAUUUGAUAAUUUACUAUUUCAAGUUAUUUUGUUCUUUGGCUUUUUAAUUCCAGCAAAAACUCUGUAUGAAUAAUGCUUAUGUAUAAAAAAAAUUUGUGAUAGUGAUUUGUCAAUUCCAGCAAAACUGUGUAUGAAUAAUGCUCAUGUAUCAAAGAAAAAUUAUGUAUUCAAUAGUAAUUUGUUGUCAUAUAAUAAAAACAAUUCUGAACUAAUUGUUUUGUGAUAUUGUGUUGGUGCAUUUAGUUCAGACUAGCAUACAUGUACUUAGACCAAAAUUCUCACAUUACUCAUGCAGUAAAAAUGCAAUAAAACAUGCAAAAUGAUAGAAACAAACUUUUAUUUUGAAUUCAAAUGGUUUAUUUAAAUAAGUUUUACAUCAAUAUCACAUGCAGCUAAAAGCAUAUCUAUUAUCAUGCUGACAUACAGGUCUCUAGUGUACUGACCUACUGACCAAGAUUCAUGAAUAUGAGAGAGAGAGAGAGAGAGAGAGAGAGAGAGAGAGAGAGAGAGAGAGAGAGAGAGAGAGAGAGAGAGAGAUUAUCUUGGUAUGGUGUGUUAUCACUAAUAGUCAAACAACAUUUUGUAAGUAUGUGAUGAGAAGUAGAGGGAUAAGUUUGACCCUCUUGACUGACCUGCUAAAUAUAGACCAUCCUUUCAUUGAAACAAUGAUGUUUUAAGUUUUUAUACAUUUGACGGCAAGCCAUUAGCUGAAGAAGUAUUUUUUUAAAGUCAAUACCUCUUCUAUUUUGCAAAUGCAGAAAAGUACAUAGGUAUGGCAUCCUUCAGCUGGCAUAUGUUAAUCAAUUUUUAUUGUAUUUUGUAUAAUCUUUUUAAUGAAUGACUCAACCCAUUUCAUAGGGUAGUUAUACCCUUGCCUUACAUUGCAAAUUAUUUUAAUCUAAAUAGACUUUAUAUAAACUUAGGUUUGUAGUAUGAAAUUCAUGUACAGACUUUUCUUUUAAGCAAUGUUUUUAUUUUAUUUUUGCUUAGAUGUUUAUUUAACAUUUGAUUUUUCAAUAAAAUGUCUACUUUCAUAUUAAAACAUCUUGAUUCUUAUUGAUCCAUAUACAUUGUAAUUAAUUCAUGUAAGUAAUUGUAAAGUGAAUUAUUUAGCAUGUAGAAUUUAACUUUGCUCUUUUUAGUCAUACAUAAUCAUUCCUACUCUCCUAGCUCUAUCCAUGUGUUGCUUAUGCUUCAGUCUUCACAAUAUUUUUGCAAUUUCAUUUUGUAUGUUGUGACUGUACUUUUUUCAUGUUCAUUGGCUCAGUGUUUGCUAUUUAUAGAUUGGAUGUUUAGUACAGAGUUAUUUGUUUGUCAUCUACAUUAUUUGUGACAAGAAACAGGUACACUGGCAGUUUAAAUACAUUUGCCAAGAAUUUUUUGAGAAAUUGGCUCUUUAUUUUUUAACAAAAAUUUUGCAUCAUAAUUCCAGGGUUUCUUUUCACAGGAGAAAAAUACGUCAAGGAAAGGUUACUUAUUAUUUCUUAAAGAAGUAUAAUUUAUUAUGAUUUAGACACUUUAGUUUGAUUCUUGAGAAACAAAACAUUCUAUCCUCAUCCAUCAUUGAAGGAAUUCAUUAUUGUCAUUCUAUGUUCAGUUUUGUGAAAAGCAUAACCAGCGUUCCUAACCAUUAUCUACCACGUAUCAGUAUACUUGCAUUUUGUAUCCCACAUUUCUAUUACACACUGAGUACUUUUCAGUAUUGUUUCACAUAAAAUUCAUGAUUUGUGAAAGUGGUAAGAGUUUGUUUUGUCUUCCAUUCUGGAUGUACUAGGUGUAGGAUGUGAACUACUGGUUGCUAAAACAGUAUCUAAGGCAUUGCUAUUUUUAAGAUAGUUUUGAAAGAACUAUGAUCCAUGGUGCAUAAAUUAUUACUAUAUAGUUGUCAAGUUUGCUGUUGUACAGAACAGUUAAUAGAUUUCUACAAUGCUGAAGUCUCUUACACUCAUAUUUUGAGAGAUUUACUAAUGAUUAUAGCACUAAUAAAUUCAUGUUUCUCCCUUCAUGCAUGGUGAAAGUAGACAGGUACAGUUUGUGUGUUUUCUUGCUGAGGUGAUGAGGCAUAAUGUCAUCAGAAAUUUUUAUUAAUAGUGAAAUUGAAGCACAACAAUGCAGUAUUGUAAUAUUGAAUCAAAUUUUUUCCUCAAGGAAAAUAAUUAGAAAUUGUGUAUAAAUUUUCUGUGUUAGCCGCUUAAGAACAUGUGUUGCAAUGCAUUAUUUAUAUCAGAAAAAAGAAUUUCUGGAUAUUUGUUUUGUUUUACAGUAAUGUCAAAUGUGGAAUUAAUGUUCAUUUCAUCUACUAAGUAAUUGGUGAUGUCAGCUUAUCAGAGAUAUUAUGUGAGUGGUAAUGAGUAUAUUAUAAAACUUCAGUUCAGUAUUCUUUAUGUAAUUAGAAUCUAUUCACUAUAUUAAAAUAUACAGAACUACACAUGAA